AUGCUUGAGGUGUUUCGAGCGACCACUACGAGUGGCGUAAACAAAUCUACGAGCUCCCAAGCAGGAGACGAGAACCCCAAGGUGGGAGGACGUCUCUCAGGAACAAACAAACAACCCCUUAAGGAGGGCGUAUUGCCCAACACCAAUCAGUUCCUCGAAAAGAAGCUCCCGGGAUUAAAGACCCAGGGAAGAAACAUCAGCAGCGCAGGUCCCGGACCCUACAUCGUCUCCCACGAUCAGCCAGGAUCAUCCCUUGCAUAG